UUCUUAAGAAAUUGCGUUACAACUUGAGUAAGGUGCGCCUUGAUCAAUCGCAUCUCUUGCGACAAGCGCUGGCGCGGUUACAGCGGGCGGGCGGACGGCCGGCCGGCGCCACUGGAGAGCGGUUGGCCAUACAAGACCACUGGCGGAUUGGCAGGAGGGCUGGACGGCGGCAGUCACUGAAGCAGCACUGGAUCAUCUGACGGCACUUCUGACUCCUCUCGUUAGUUGACAGGGGCAGAGCCUAACAUUUUAAUCAGAUCCAAUCGCGCUUUUUCAAAACCCAGCUUUACUCAAAUAUUCUCUAAGCGUUUCACGUUUACAAUCAUUGCAUUCCAUAUUUGUGUUACAGAACUCCAAAGCAGUGACCAGAUUAUUAAACUGGCCUUCACCUUAAACCUCCUCAUAGAUAGUGCUCAGUUCGCCGAGUUCAGGGAACGUCCUGGGACUUCUUCGCAACGUCCCACUGCCUAUUUAAAGUCCCCACUGGGUCAGCUCCGCACCUUAAACAGGUAACUUAUCAUUAGCCUUCUUCAUUUUGACGAAAAUCAUCAGCACCUCACUAUAAAAUCGCCCCGUGUUGCCCGUCUUUGGAAAUAAGACUUUCUUAAAAUUAUAUAAAUUGCUUAUUAUCAAAAAUAAAUAAUCUGAUAACUGAAAUACAAUAGGCUGCAGCAUACCGAUUGUCAUUUAUAGUGCCUUUCUAUUUUUCUAAAUUAACAUGAAAAACAUUUUAUUCCCGAUAAUAAACACGAAUACAUGAGUUGGGUGACACCGAGCUUGCCAUCUAACUAAGAGAGUAUUAUUUUGAGUAUUUGGUCUGUCAUCCUUUAACAGCCUCAGCACUCCGACUACCAAACGGCAGCAGGACCGCAGAAUCACAACGAGGAUGUCUCAGAGCAGCGGCAGCUACUAUGACUGCGAUCGCAGGGCAUCCAGUAACUAUUCCGCCAUAAUUCGGGGUCCCGCCGGGGUGAUACCCCCCGAUGUCAACUCAUUGUGCGAAACCGAGAGUUCGGUGGACUUGAGCACCUAUUUAGAAACAACAUCAGCACCCCAAAAUGGCCAGCACUCGGGUAGCGGUGGGGAGGACUUACUGACCUACCCUUGUCUUAAAAACAGUUUCCCCUACACCAGCCAAAGCCCACUCCUGGGGUACGGCUACUCGAGCGUCUCGGCCAACCAGCAGGCUAAGAUGUCCCUGUACGAGAGCGCGACGAGCAGUUAUGAAGGACACACUCCCACCCUUCUGACAAGGGCAGGGGUGAUCGUUAAAGAGGAGCCUCAGAGAAGAGACGAUGGCGGCAGAUCCCCUCACUCCGCGGCUCACAUCGCCUCAAGAGUGCCAAUUGGCAGGUAUCUACAGCAACAGGACCUCCAGAACCUGCAGUUCCAGGUGGGCCAUUGCUCUCAGACAGCAGUAAGCCUGGGGGCAGCGCUGGGCCAGGCUGGGGUCAACACGAUGCCGACGCCUGCAAGCGCACAGAUCCGACUAGUCAAGGCCUCAUCAGUGAGAGACACAUCGUCAGCUCCUUCCUCUUCCUCCCUGUAUCCUUACUCCCAUCCGUCUCUGCCUCUUGUACAUGGCAAUGCAUUGAAGAGCAAGAAGGUGCUGAAGAAGGACAGCCUGGAAUACCGGCUACGGCGGGAGCGCAACAACAUCGCCGUGAGGAAGAGUAGGGAUAAGGCCAAACGGCGCAACCUCGAGACUCAACAGAGAGCCUUGGAGUUCAUGGCGGAGAACCAGCGGCUCCGAGAGCGAGUGGAACGCCUGAGCCAGGAGCUCGAAACUUUACGUAAUGUCUUCAGAGAACUCCCACCUGAAGUGAAGCACGGCACCCCAGCUGCCUCAGACGACUGUCCUUAAAGGCUUGGUGAUGGCGAACUAAACUUUGAUGAACAGGACAAACAAAAACUCCAGCAAACUGACCAGCUGAGUGAUGCUUUUAAUGUAAAUAGCCGUUAGAUGAUGCGAUGCAAAUUUGCCUUCAGAUCAAAGCUGUGCCAGAAGAAGUCGGUCUUGUCGAGUGAAUGUUGCAGACUCUGGAUACGGUGAGAAACAUUCCAAUGGAGUCUUCCUUUAUACUGAUUGGGACGUAACUUACGCUUCUGCAUCAGGAGAUUUCCAGCCUUCUACGAACAUCAGCCCGGAGCAGCGCCUGAAUGUCACUGACAGACAAUCACAAAUCUGGAUUCACUCCGCGUUAUUUGUGAAGGCUUGUAAUUGUCUGAUAAUUUGUGUUGCUGUCAGAUCAGUUAAUUCGGUGAUUUUAUGAUGCCUCACCGGUGCUUCUAAAUGCGUGUUUCUCUUUCACACCGGAAAUGCAAACAGCAGGCAAUUAAUUAGGAGGUGCAGAAUGAAAGGGCACGGACUGAAGAUGCCAAACAAGCGGCAGGGCGUUCGAAAGCCAAGUGGCCGCAGAGAGUCGCGCGCGUGUCGCAUGUUAGUGGUCAGUGUGCGGACUCUCCUCGGGUUUGCGGACCCUCACCCAGACACCCCUCAUUACGUGGGGUCACUUCUUCAAGCUCGCCUCACGGACAGUAAUGCGCAUUCACAGCUUCACUCGGCUGUGUCCUGAAUUGAAAGACUUCACCUCCUGUAGACAACAUCAGAAAGCUCACCAAUAUAAGCCUUUGUUAUUAAUGAAAAAAUAACUUCGUUUCUAAGGCUGUUCAUGCAAAUCAUAAAGUGCAUUUUUGAUUAUUAAUUCAACAAACAGGGUUAGGGGGUUUGAUUUUGUUCUUAUUUGUUAAAAGGUGUCAUAGGAUCUCUUUGUCCAGUGCUUAUCUUGAUCGGCGCUUUUUAUAAACAUUUGAAAAGUGAUUAAA